CAAUAAUAGUUGUCUUUUCUCUCACACUCCAUCUCUUAUUCACCUACAGGCCACACAAACACACGGGCCUUCUUGAGCCACGGGGGCUUGAACAGCAUCUAUGAGGCCAUGUAUCACGGUGUGCCCGUGGUGGGUGUUCCACUGUUUGGAGAUCACUAUGACACCAUGACGCGAGUUCAGGCCAAAGGCAUGGGCAUAAUGCUUGAGUGGAAAAGGAUGAGUGAAGAAGACCUUUACACUGCCAUGGUUACUAUCAUUACAGACAAAAGGUAUCGUGAGCGAGCACAGUUGCUGUCUCAGAUUCAUAAAGAUCAGCCUGGUCAUCCAGUGACCCGGGCGGUUUACUGGAUUAGCUAUAUACUCCGUCAUCGUGGCGCCGACCAUCUCCGCUCUACAGUCUAUGAGAUCCCCACCUACCAGUACUUCUUAUUGGACGUCGCUGUGGUGAUAGGAGUGUGCCUGCUUCUCCUUGGCUACUUGCUAUACCGAAUAGGCAAGUGUAUCCAUUCACGAGUGGUGCGCGGUUCAUCUCCGGCGGAGAAGGUGAACGGAUAUUGUCAUAAUGGAAUUCCAAAUGGCAAGCACAAAAGAAAUGGCCAUGUUAGAAGUACGGAGAAGAAACUAAAGUAAAGCACUAGGGGAAAUCAUCACUAACGCUUCACUAAAGAGAGGAAUUAACUACUCUUCACUCAAAGCAGGGCCUAUCCAGGAAAUAAAUAUAUGGGUCAAUAAAGAAACAAACCAAUCAUUAUAACAACAAACUGUGAGUGGGAAGCCAAAGUAAGGAAGAAUGGAAGGAAGCCAGAAAACAUAAAUGGAAAGCUCCUGAGGACCCCCCCCCAUUAAUGUUCAGUUGUGGUCCUGAAUGUUGAGUUUAUCCUUGUGGAAAAAGCAACAGUUUUGAAGAUUAGAAAUUAACGUUUUUAACAAGAAGCUAUCAUGCUAUGAGGCAUCAGGGUUUACUACAUCCAAAUACAACAGAGAUCUAUAUCUAUUUAUAGAAAUGUCAUACUUUUUUGUGCACUGUUGUGCGCUGAUUUUAAUUUAUGUUCUAUAUUUAUGUUUCACGCACUCCGUCCCUACUUAUUAAUAACAUCCUAAUUCUUGGAUGUUAGCAGUGCUAGCACGCUAGCAUAUUUGCUAGUGUUUAUGUUGCCAGCCUUGCCUUAAUCUUUAAUAUGCUUUUUGUUCUGCUAACAUACAAACUCAUUCCUUGUAGACACAAAUCUGCACUAGUUAAUGUUGCUAGUUAUGCUAGCUAUGCAAAAUGCUAGAGAUUUUGAUGGGGAUAGUUAAACUUGAAAACUUGCUUCCAUUUACAGUAAUUUUGGAAAGCUACAGUAGGAGCCAGUAUACUUGUAUACCCAUACUAUUGUGUUGCUUCAUGGCUGUUUAUGUUCUGAAGUUUAAAUUCUUCCUCACUGCAGUCAUCUUUACUGAAUGGGUUAUUUUAUUAAGCAAAUCAUGCUUAGGAGGAACAUUUUAGGGGGGUGAGGGGUAUAUAGCAGUUACGCGUUAGUGACUGUGUGUGUCUCGAAAAGUCCCAAACAAACUACAUUUUUAUUCGAAUAUGUAUCAGACGAGUGUUGUUAUCAAUGCAAAAGAUCGUUUGCUGACAUGUUCCCACAAAUCAAUGGGCCUAGAGUGACCUGGAGGAAUUUGGUACUGUAAUGAACAUUUCCCAUGGUGCUCUACUGGUUCUUUUAACCUUUAGCCAUUUACAUCACUGGAAGUUCUGUGAAAGGCAAUAUUUUGGUAACAUGUCAAUCUAACAUUUAGUUGUGUGACUUUUCACCAGGUGUUUUGAGGUGGC